UGUUCAGACAAACCAGCUCUUCUGCAGUUUUGGAUUGGUACAAGAUUACAAGAUGUGUAGUCCAGGAUCUGAUUUUAAACUUUUAGACUCUGAGGAUGAGAGCAUCGCAUCUUCAGAGGAUGAACGAGACAUUAAGAACGAGAUUUUAGAGAAGGAACGAGAUCAAGCCAACCAGAAACUGUCUGCAAUGGAGGAAGCAUCAGCUCAACUACUGAAGGAGAUAAACAUGCUGGAAAUGCAGUUUCAGAUUGAAUGCUCAUGCAGAGAGAACGCAGAGGCCUAUGCUCUACAGGUGACUAAAGAGAACAAAGUUUUGAAGAGAAAAAGUCAGGCGCUCCUGCCCCUGAUCUCAGAACUACCUGAAAACCAGGCUGCUUUGAACUUCAACCUGGAAGAUGACCCUGCCUCUGAGCUUAGCAAUUCAGAGGUGAUGGAGGAAGAACCACUCCUUAAAAGUCAGGCUCAGAUCAGAGAGCUGCAGUCGUCUGUGGAUCAGCUGCUGGGUGAAAAGAUGCAGCUGUGUGAGCAGAUCAAAGUACUGAAAAAAGAAAAGGAAGAACUAAAAGAUCAGCAUGCAGUGGAGGUUGAAGAGAAAGAAGCUAUUCUGAGAAAAUUAACCAAACAGACUCGAACAGUAAACAAAAUGAAAAGAGUGUCCCAGCUUGUUACUGAAGAGUUUGAGGAGAUGUCACAAAAACUGGAAAUGGAGCAAGGCCUCCGACAUCACGCUGAGGUGUUUGCACACCAGGUGCUGGUGAAACAGAAUGAUGAGAUGGAUGCACAGCUUCAUCAGGCCCUCGAACAGGUGGCUCAGCUCAGCAAAGCACUGGAGGAGAUACGACUUCAUCACCAAAAUAAGAGGACUCAGCCCCAGACAGAGAUGGAGGAGGUAAAUACUCUUGCAGAGCUGCAGACGGUCAGGAUGCAGUUAGAGACGAGCAUGAAAGAGAAGCUGGAGAUUGAAAAUCAGCUUAAAGAUUCACAAAAUGCUGUUACAGAACUAAAAGAGCAAGUUAAGCAGCUCCAGGAUGAAUUACAAAUGAUAAAAGAGGAUCGCUCUUUUGAAUCUGAUAAAUUAAAUGAGGAAAAUACAACUCCAGCUCCACCACCACCUCCUCCACCUCCUCCACCUCCUCCAAUGCUCUCUUCAUGUACUAUUGACCCCCUGGAUGCAUUAAGAAACAGAAAAAGGAGUGGAAAGAGCAUUUCUGACUCUAAGAAGGCUGACGUGUCCAUGGAUGUAAAAGCCAGGGCGGUGGAUGAAAUGAUGGAGAGAAUUAGGAAGGGGAUUGUUCUAAGAUCCACACAGAAACCCUCAGAACCAGGCUCAGAGGAUGACAUGUGGAAGGAUCCAAGAAGUGAGAAGAGAAAAUCUGCAGUGCUUGAGUUACAGGGAAUUCUGGAAUCCAUCAAGAAACCAGGCCACAGAAGGCUGUCGUCCAAAAAGAGGAAUAGUCGUAAUUUAGGGGAGGCAGAGCUUCGGAUGGUCUUGCAGAGAAGAAGGCGGGCUAUAGGUGAUGAUAAGGUGACCCUGUCCACGGCAACUCAACAACCUCAGGAUGCACCUCCGACGGCUCCAGCAACAAGCUCCUCACCCGGCGUAUCAGAAAGUGGGAACGCUCCUGUCAAACUGAGGCUGAAACGGAACCCGGAAAAGAGUGUCAGAGAAUCAGAAUGUAUUAUGUGGGAGGACGUUUUACAGUGUCGAUAGAUGAAUAAAU